AAGAGUGAUAUGUCUCCAAAUAAACAAACCAUCAAAAAUUGUUUAAAAUUUGCAGCAGUAAGAGUAAGACCGACUAGAAGGAGUAGCAUAAUUUUUAGGUUUAUAGUGCUCCCCAUUUAUGCCAAAUAAUUUGCAGCAUAAUUUGACAGGAAGGUGUGGAUUCAUUGCAUUUGUAAUCUUGUACGACUCAGAAUGAGUUCCCCAAAAGAACAGGAUCGAGGAUUAAAUAUCCAGAAAUCUUGCUUGGAAAUUGACGGAUUGAUUUGUGCAGCUAAUAUUAGUAUUACCCAGAAAUAAUCCCAAAAAAUAAAAAGGAGAGAAACAGUAAAAUAUUUGGGCAGCCAUUGAAUAUUCUAAUUUUCCACGGCCAGCCAGCGGCUGAUGCUGCAGGAAGAUGCUUGGCAAUCCAAUUUUGUCAGCUUCUUCUUCUUCCGUCCGUCCCUCCUCUUCCUUCCUCAAAUCCACAACAGCACUUCCCAUUUCACUUUCACUUCCCCAAAUAUAUACCCCAAAUUGAAAGCCCCACAACAAUGCUCGCAAUCUGAAUUUUCCCCCUCUCACAUUCAUCGCUAUUACCAGACACACGCCACAACUCCCAUAACCACCACUACUCCCACCCUGUUCGUCACCCUUCUUCCCUUUUUCGCUCUCCAGGCUUCCCGUCUCCAAAUUCUCUUAACCUGAGGUAAAAAGCUCGGUUCUUUUCGGUUUUAAGCAACUGGGUUUGGUUUGUUUCAAUCCGUUUCAUCAGCAUAAUUUUUGGGUUCUGGUGUUUUUCAAGUGUUGGAAGCUGACUGAUGAUUGGGUUUUAAUUGUUAUGUGACAGAGUGAGAAGAAGGCUCUGUGGAAAUGGCGACUGGAGCUGUGCCGGCCUCGUUUACUGGCCUCAAGACUGGGGACACAAGAUUGGGGUUUUCUAAGAACAUGGACUUUGUGAGGAUCUCUGAUGGCAGGAGGAUCAAGUCCGGUAGGAGAAAGAUCUCCAUGAUCAAAAACUCUGCUGUUGAACUUCAGCCUGCAUCCGAAGGCAGUCCUUUGCUUGUUCCGAGGCAAAAGUACUGUGAAUCAAUAAACAAGACUGUUAGGAGGAAAACCAGCACAGUGAUGGUUGGAAAUGUGCCGCUUGGAAGUGAUCACCCCAUUAGGAUUCAGACCAUGACCACAACUGACACCAAGGAUGUUGCUGCAACUGUUGAACAAGUGAUGAAAAUUGCCGAUCAAGGGGCUGAUAUCGUUAGAAUAACAGUUCAAGGGAAGAGAGAAGCAGAUGCCUGCUUUGAUAUCAAGAACACUCUUGUGCAGAAGAAUUACAACAUACCUCUUGUGGCAGAUAUUCAUUUCGCCCCAUCUGUUGCAUUGCGCAUAGCAGAAUGCUUUGAUAAGAUUCGCGUCAACCCUGGAAACUUUGCUGAUAGGCGUGCUCAGUUUGAGCAGCUAGAGUACACAGAGGAUGAUUAUCAGAAAGAACUUGAGCACAUUGAGCAGGUUUUUACUCCAUUGGUGGAGAAAUGUAAGAAGUAUGGUAGAGCCAUGCGUAUCGGGACAAACCAUGGAAGUCUUUCAGAUCGUAUAAUGAGCUACUAUGGUGAUUCCCCUCAGGGAAUGGUAGAAUCUGCAUUUGAGUUUGCAAGGAUAUGCAGAAAGUUGGAUUUCCAUAAUUUUGUCUUUUCCAUGAAAGCAAGCAAUCCAGUUAUCAUGGUCCAGGCAUACCGUCGGCUUGUCGCUGAAAUGAAUGCCCUCGGUUGGGAUUAUCCUUUGCAUUUAGGUGUCACUGAAGCAGGAGAAGGCGAGGAUGGAAGGAUGAAAUCCGCUAUUGGAAUUGGGACUCUUCUUCAGGAUGGUUUGGGUGACACGAUUAGAGUUUCACUAACAGAAGCACCAGAGAAGGAGAUCGAUCCUUGCAAAAGGUUGGCUAACCUUGGUAUGAAGGCUGCAGAACUUCAGCAAGGAGUGGAACCAUUUGAAGAGAAACACAGGAGAUACUUCGAGUUCCAGCGCCGGACUGGUCAAUUGCCAGUACAGAAGGAGGGUGAGGACGUUGAUUACAGAGGUGCUCUGCAUCGUGAUGGGUCUGUUCUAAUGUCUGUUUCCCUUGACCAGUUAAAGGCACCUGAACUCCUUUACAAGUCGCUCGCAACAAAGCUCAUUGUUGGAAUGCCUUUCAAGGAUCUUGCCACGGUUGACUCGAUCUUGUUGAGAGAACUUCCUCCAGUGGACGAUACUGAUGCUCGUUUGGCUCUCAAAAGGUUGAUAGAUAUCAGCAUGGGUGUUAUUACCCCAUUGUCCGAGCAGCUGACAAAGCCGCUGCCCAAUGCAAUGGUGCUUGUCAAUCUUAAGGAGUUGGCCACUGGUGCAUACAAGCUUUUGCCUGAAGGCACUAGAUUGGUCAUCUCGGUUCGGGGUGACGAGCCUUAUGAUGAACUGGAAAUCUUGAAGGACGUUGAUGCCACAAUGAUCCUCCAUGGUCUACCAUAUGGAGAAGAUAAGGUCGGCAGGGUUCAGGCAGCAAGAAGGUUGUUUGAGUACCUACAAGUAAAUGCUCUGGAUUUCCCUGUUAUUCACCAUAUCCAGUUUCCAUCUGGCGUUCACAGAGAUGACUUGGUAAUCCAUGCUGGAGCAAAUGCUGGAGCUCUUCUGGUAGAUGGUCUAGGAGACGGUAUCCUUGUCGAAGCAGCAGACCAGGACUUUGAUUUCCUGAGGAACACUUCCUUCAACUUACUACAAGGUUGCAGAAUGAGGAACACUAAAACAGAGUACGUCUCGUGCCCAUCCUGUGGUAGAACCUUGUUUGAUCUUCAAGAAAUAAGUGCAGAGAUCCGCGAGAAGACCUCACACUUACCUGGUGUCUCGAUUGCAAUCAUGGGUUGCAUUGUGAAUGGACCUGGAGAGAUGGCUGAUGCAGAUUUCGGAUACGUUGGUGGUGCUCCAGGGAAGAUUGACCUUUAUGUUGGCAAGAAUGUGGUGAGAAGAGCGAUACAGAUGGAGCAUGCUACCGACGCUUUGAUUGAUCUGAUCAAAGAACACGGACGAUGGGUGGAUCCUCCCAAGGAAGAGUAAAGAUAGAAGACACUACUACUACUACGCUUGGGGGCAAAUAAUAAAAUAAGCAGCAAUGAUCAAGAGAUGGAGGGAAGAAGAGUUGUUUCAUCAUUAUUUUAGGCUUUUAUAGUUGUUGUAGUGUAGAUGUAAAUUUAAGGGCUACACAAAUCAUUUGAUGUCUCUCUUAUCUGUGUGUCCUGGGGAUGGAGGGAAGAUGUAUGAGAAAAGGAGAGAGCUUUUCUUGGACAAUGUUGAGAAAGCUUUCUUCUUUGAAUUCCUGUGGUAAUCUUAACUUCAUUUAGUAUUACACGUUCUAUAGAAAUUGAACCCAAAAGGGAAGAAGAGGAAGGGAAGAAAGUUUCUGCAUUCUAUUCUACCUUCUCUGGUGGUCAACGGAAAUGGACAUAUAAAAAAAGGGCAACAAUAGCAUAUUCAACGGUCAAUAACUCCCAAAAAGAAAAACAAACUCUCCAAAAUUUCUCCGCUAACAAGCCUAUCAAAUGUUUAUGGUGUUGUGGUUGUUAACCAUCAUGGACAAGUGUGUGAUGGGAUAGCUGGGAAUCUUCUUUGUUCCACCCUGAUUAAAGUAGAAACUAAGCCCUUCUCGAAGGAGAGAAAUUAGCUCAAGAAUAUGGAUCCGAGUGUACGGUUCAAUCCGACUGUCAGGUGCUGGUGAAAGCUUUGGAUAAUUGAUCGCUCUCGAUGGCCAUGGAGGUGUGCAGCAUGGAUCAGAUCGAUUGUUUCUAUCCUUCGGACUAACCCUCUCAUCAAAAUCAAAGAAGUGCCCAGAACACUUAAUGUCAGAGCAGAUAGGGUAGCACGAUCAAAAGCUCGAGCAUCGCUUCCUGAUGAUUGGAUUAAUAUUCUUGAUCUCAUUUCUGAUCUUCUUUAAAGAUUGUAACCGAGUUUCUCGUCCUUCCUGAUGAUUGGAUCAAAAACUCGAGCAUCGCUUCCUGAUGUUUGGUGGAAUAAAAGUUUGGUAAUCUU